UCCCCAUCCUCUCUCUUGGAACAUAGGAAAAUUUUAAGAAAAAACAAUGCGGGGCUUUGGAUCGAGAGUUUUAGAAAUCGAAACCCUAUGGUUUGAAAACAAAACCAAAAAAAUCAAGAAAAAAGGCUCACCGAGAGAAUCAAGGAGCUGAAGUACUGGAUUGGAGAUGGAGAUUUAUAAGGUCGGGAUGAGAUGAUAUGCGGUCAUAUACGAUCGUAUGUAUGGAUUGGGAUAUGACACUGGGAAGGUUUUUUGAAGAUGAACCUCUCUCUCUCUCUCUCUCUCUCUCUCUCUCUCUCUCUCUCUCUGUCUGUCUGUAAGAUAUAUUCAAUUUCAAGUAAGAAAUUGCAUUUUCUUCAUCUCUAAAACUCGCACUCUCAAAGCUUCCUGCAAAUGAUACACGCAUCAUCAAGCCACAUCCAGUUCAGAUGGCCGCACCUGCUCAGGUCAAUGAUACAGUUGGAAAACUGGCUGGAGGUAAAUACUGCAAUAAUGAUGUUGGGCCUGGGAGGCUUUUUGGGACUGUUCUGAGAAAAAGUUGCUUGGAAGGCAGAAUGCUCUGUUACAAGCGAAUGGUCUCCCGAUGGAUGCUACUUCAUGACUGCAACAAUAGGAUACAGUGAUUAACUUUAUUUAAGCAUUGAUGCAUUGACUUUAAAACCCUCCCACAACGUAUUGUAGCAUUUAGGAAGUUUAUUUCGGAGUUUUGGAGUUUAUCGAGAUGAUUUGAAGCCAUAUUCAGAUUGAGGAGGAUUGGAAAAAGCACAGAUUAGGCUUGUCAAUGUUCAUUUUUGUAAGAGUACAGUCUCUUCUGGACCUUCCUUUAUGGACCACAGCUGCAGCAGCAAAUCCUUGUCAGGAGGAACUGACAUGUUGUGUGGAAAGAUCUUCUUUGCUUAAUAGAUUGGGGACUCUCAGUGAUCUGGAAUAUGGGAUGAAAAAUUUACUUUCUACUCCUGAAGUUCAGAAGCCUGUUUCUGAUGGUAAUGAUCAGACAGAGCCAGUAAGUGUCACUGGCCUAGAAACGUUCUCUCUGAGUUACAAGGUGCAAUGGUCGUUGUCCCUUGUGAUUUCCAGAAAAGCCUUGACAAAGUAUCAGUUGAUUUUUCGAUUCCUAUUUCAUUGUAAACACGUCAACCGCCAACUUUGUGGAGCAUGGCAAGUCCAUCAAGGGGCUCGUGCUUUUAACAAAUUGGGAACAGCCACCUCCCGCUCUUCAGUGCUUUGCCACAGCAUGCUUAAAUUUAUUAAUAGCCUUUUACAUUAUUUGACAUUUGAGGUUCUUGAACCCAACUGGCAUGUGAUGCACAAUAGACUUCUAACUGCAAAGAGCAUAGAUGAGGUUAUCCAACACCACGAUUUUUUCCUUAAAAAAUGUCUGAAAGAGUGCCUGCUUCUCUUGCCUCAACUUCUCGAGGUCAGGAAUUUGCUCCCUUGUCUAAUGGAUAUGAACAGUGUAUCCUACUUCAUUACAAUUCAAUCCUUGUUUCUUGAAAUGGAAAUCAAAUUCACUAGGAUCAUCUGAAAUUGUGUGUUGCCUUUCAACAGCAAUAGUAUUUGUUUUGAUUAAAAUCCAUCUUGUUAACUGAGUGCCUUAAGACUGGGCUGAUUAAUAUUUUGUUGGCUUCAGGGAUCUCAUUUGCUUCAUUCAAUUAGCAAUUGUAUGCUAAACGUCUGUUUGCAUCAACCAUAAAAUAGAUGUGGCUGAUUUUUAUGGAUCUUGUCUCAUCCCAAUUUU